AUGAGACAAAAUUUACUCAUCGUCACCGGUGAAAUGAUAUUUCUUUUGAAUUUGAUUUGCAUCGUAUCCAGUGUAUCUUCUCAACCUCCACACUCACACAAUAUACCAAAAAUUACGCGUAUUACUCCAAAUCAAACUGCAACCUCCGGCAGCAGAUCGGUUGAAUUUUCAUGUAGUACAGCAGAUCCUUUAAGCGAUGGAGACACCAUGGUAUGGAAACGGACACAUUUCGGAAUAGAUAACUUCACCACGGAAUCAAUCCCCAACGAAAAUCAAUUCGGCCGGUUCAACGUUAGUUUUGAUUCUGCAAAUCUUACCUCCCAUUUAAAGAUUUACGAAGUUCAAGUAAGAGACACUGGAAUUUACACUUGUGAAAUACACCCCCACAAUGUUUCUCUUUCGACGCAGCUCGAUGUUUUUGGACGUCCUUAUUUUUACGACAGUACGGUUAAUCGGGUUAAUGACAGCUUUGCAGCUGAACCCACUCCCACAGUCCUCAGAGUUGAUUCAAACACGUCACUUCUGCUCGACUGUGCUGCUGGAGGCAUACCACAACCCACUGUGCAUAUCAGACAUUACACACAUAAAUGGUUAGCUGACAACACCAUCAACUCUUCAAUUUUGAGUCUCGAAAAAAUUACUAAGCAGGAUACCGGAACGUACACCUGUUUUGCGGAAAACUCAUUCGGACGUAUUUCCAGAGUUUUUAACAUUAAUUUUUCAAAAUAUCCGCCUGUGAUUCAUGGAUGCGACUUGAAUUUCAUCGUAAAGUUUAAAUUAGACUUGGUUUGUUUGAUAGAAUCGUACGUUGAACCUAAGAUUCUUUGGGUCAAAGAUGGAGUACAGUUGGAGUCUGAAGGUGAUAUUAAUCCAAUUCAAACUUCGAUACGACGUAUUCGUUUGGAUUCAUACGAGGUGUAUUUGCGGAUGAACGAGACUUUCACCUUGCAACAUGGGAUGUACACGAUUAAAGCUCGAAAUAAAUUUGGCGAAGAUGAAAUGACUAUUGGAUAUUGGCCGGAGAUUCCAAAAUCCGAGUCGAGUUGUGUCAUUUGGAUCUCGCUGUUCUCCGGAGUUGUCAGUUUGUUGCUGAUUGGAAUAGUGUGUUUAUUAGUGGUGGGAUAUUAUCGAUAUAUUAUAUCGAUAGAUAUCGAUAUGUGA